AUGAUUGCUGACAAGAUUAAAGGGAUUAAGAUAAAUUUAAGGUUUAACAAGAGAGGGCAAUCAAUUGGAACUCCAGAGAGAGCGUUACAAUGCUAUUUGGGGAUGCAAGCAAAGUCAAUGGUGUCAAUUACAUAUGAUAAUUGGCAUGAUGUUCCUGCUGCAACUUUAGAGAAUGUUUGGAAAGAUGUAAAUCUAGCUUUUCAUCUUAACGAGGGAAUGAGAAAGGAAGUGAUGAGUUCAGUAGGCAUCAAGUGGAGGACAUUCAAAACAUUUUUGACUAGAAGAUUUGUAGCUCCUUACCUUAACAACCAAGAUUUAUUGGAAGCAAAUCCCACUGCAUUAGAUGUGCCUCCAAAAAGAUAUAACAUUCUUGAGGAGGAAUGGAAAAAAUUCGUCACCAAAAGAAAAAGUAAAGAAUUUCAAGAAUUUAGUAAAAAACAAAAAGAGAGGCGUGCUGCUUUGGAGUAUCCUCAUCGUUCAUCACGACACAGUUAUAAAGAAAUAGAAAUUGACCUUCAAACUAAACUAGGCACAGAUGAGCCAAUAGAUCGAUCUAUACUUUGGAAGGAGGCAAGGAAAGAUGCAUCAGGAAAUUAUGUAAAUGAAUGUGACAAGCUUAUAGGAGAUGCCAUUGAUGACCUUCGAGAUAAGAGAAAUGAGGGGACACUUGUAGAAGUUGGGACAAACGAUAUAUUGACACAAGUGUUAGGAACAAAGGAGCAUCCUGGUAGAGUAAGAGGCCAAAGUCGUGGAGUUACACAAAGAGACUACUUUUUGAAGCCAGCAGGAGGUUUUAGUGGACUUCAAUAA